GGCCUCGCCUUGUUGGCAGCGCGUAUCAAUGGCGUUUACUUGUCGAAAGUGAAGUGGUGUUAAAUCAGGCUCAAAAAAAUUAUUAAAAAAACAAUAAUAGUUAUAGUUAAGUGCUAGUAAGUAAUUGAGACGCUACUAUGGCCUCAAAGGGCGGAAAAUACAACAAACCGUCGUGGAGAAGCCAAUACAGUGAGCAUGAUUUUCGCGGCGGUGGCGAGACCCGCAAAGUGAGUUUCAAGUCAAACAAGUAUAAAAAGGACAAUAGAAACUGGGCAGCGGCGAGUAGGGCGUACCUGGAAGAUGAAGACAUUGACAUGGGGGCCUCGUCCGGGGGCGGGCGAAACUUCAACCGGAAGCAGUUUAAAGGCAGACGGGGCGGUCGCGGGGACUCGCCCGUGCCCAAUCACAAGAAACGGCGGCUUUUGGAGAGCCCCUUCGGUUGGUACCGCGUGACAUUGCCGUUUGGGAAUAAAUACGAGAAGGCGUUCGUCUUGAAGACGCUGCUCGAGCGGAUCCAACCUUUGCCCUUGUGGCCAAUUACGUGGAGUGUAAACGGCACAACUGCCACUUUUUACAUGGAUGAGUUUAAAGCCGCGGAAAAGCUGUACGAUUUAGAUCGCCAGAUUCAAAUGCCCGACGGGUUUAAAUUGCUGAUUAAGGUCAGUCAUGGGAUGCCAAAUGUUGACGUUAAUAGUGAGAUGAAGGAGAAAAUUAAAUUAACGAUGGCUAAGCGGUACAAUGCCGCUAAUAAAGCGCUCGAUUUAACGAAAUUCCACGCCGACCCUGACCUACAAGACAAUUUCUGUGUACUGUUCAAACCGAUCAUUUUUCUAACAGUUUUGGAAAUAAUCGCGGAGAAUAUCCCAGAAAUUGAAGCGAUUAAUUUAUUCGAUAACAAAAUAGCAAACUUGUCGUAUUUAAAGAAGACCAAUGAGAAACUGCCCCAUUUAAAAAUUUUGCAUCUAGGAAAUAAUAAGUUUAAGGAUCUGUCAAUGUUGGACCCUUUUAUUGGACUACCUAUCGUCGAUAUUGUUUUAAAUGGAAAUCCAUUAUGCAACAAAUACAAGGACCAAGAGGCGUACAUUGGUGAAGUCCGCAAACGCUUCCCCAAAGUAAUGAAACUGGACGGAAUCGAUCUACCCCCACCCAUAAGUUUCGACAUUCAGGAAGAAACCCACUUACCACCAAUCCAACAAACAUUUUUAUGUAACCAAGAGGGCGAAUCAAUAGUUCGACAAUUCCUCGAACAGUAUUUUCUAAUUUUCGAUUCGGAAAAUCGCCAACCCUUGUUACAAGCAUAUCACGAAAGCGCCCUAUUUUCAAUGACCAUGUCGUACCCGUACGGACACAGAGACAAGAAUGCCAGUUGGCUAAACUGGUACACCACUGAUAGCAGGAAUCUGCAAAAGGUCCAAGACCCGGAUCGGAGAAACAAACUACUGAAACAGGGCCAAGUGGCUGUUGUUUCAUUUCUGCAAGAAAUGCCUCGGAGUAAACACGAUAUUCACAGUUUCACGGUUGAUCUUGUUGUUUUUACGCCAUUAAUGAUCGUUUUAACGGUCACUGGGAUGUUCAAAGAACUGAAAAGCGGACACAAAGUGCCUCCGACGCGAGCCUUUUUCAGAACACUCGUUAUAGUACCUGCAGGCUCAGGUUUCUGUAUCUCGAAUGAAACACUGCAUAUUACAAACGCCACCGACGAGCAAGCCAAGCAUAUUUUCAAGACUGUGGUUUCGGCGCCGCCCCCGACUCCGGUGGCGUCGCCUGUGGCAACCCCUGCGCCCAUUGACGACUCCACGAGGCAACAGAUGGUCACCGCAAUGGCCGAACAAUCCACCAUGAAUUUGGAGUGGUCAAGGAGGUGUUUGGAAGAAACCCAGUGGGAUUUUACCCGAGCGUUGAGUGCGUUCGCAGAUGCGCAAAAACAAGGACUAAUCCCGCCUGAAGCGUUCGUGAAAUAGUGAAAUAAAUCGAAUUAAGUCAUCAUGUUGUUCUUUUUAUAAAAUUUGUAUUUGAUAAUGUUUAUCAUUAGUUUUAUUACAACUGUAAAUAAAAACACUCGAUUAUGUUUGUGAAUGAAGCUUAAUUUCAAUGAGACUGUGUCAGUUAUUUUUAUAAUAAAUAGUGAAUAACA